AUGACUGGCUUUGAUGGGUUUGACACCCUUGAUUCUCCAAAAAGCGAGAUUCUCGAAAUUCCUAAAUUGGGGCGUUCUGGUCGGGAACACAUCGUACAGUACCUCCUGGGCUCUGUUGAGAAGUCUACGGAGAGAGGCGAGGUAAUCUGGAGUAUUCGCCGAAUGGCUGUUCAUCACAAGUUUGAUUUCGUUACCGGGAAAUCAUUCUGGCUCAGCAUCACAGCCAACUCUGUCAUGCAAGAUAGGCUCAAGGAGGCGAUCGCAGAGGACCCAAAGUUCAACCCUGAUCGGGCAACGGGAUUGUCAUCGUCCUUCGCAGCAACCCUGAUGACCAAUCUCGCGUAUGUUGAGUGGUGUGAUGAGUCCUGGCGGGAAUGCAUCAAUGAUUUGGAGAAAAGGAUACGUGUUGUGCUGGAAAAGGCGGAGACAGCAUCUGUUGAUCACCAGCCUGAUUUGCAUGCAUCUGCCAUGAGAUUCUUGACCGUCAGAACUGCUACCGCAGCGCUUGGCGCACCGGAAAAGCAUAGCCCACCAAGUCCUGCGGUUUUCAACCCAUGCCACGGUAUUGGAAAGCCACUCGUAACGUAUCUGCACUCAGCGCUUGGCAAAUCGUUGCAGCAAACGAAUGUAACUCCAUUGCUUCCUCUAGCAUCGAAGACUGCAGCAGUCCCAGCAACCGAGACUGGCGACAAUUUCGAGAAGGGUCUCAGCAACCUCAAAGUUCUCGAGACGUUUUCUGUGGAGAGCUUACAACACCUUCAUUAUCUAGGUGGACAACUCGAGAAGUUUCGCUUGGUGAUGCUGCUGAACUACCAGACAUUGCGGGAUAUCUCUGAGCAUUACCAAGAUCUGACAAUCCGCGAACAUUUCCCCUCAGAACAUCGAGAGGAAUGCGACCGAAGCCUGAGUUCAUUCGCACGGCGAGUGGAGCGCGUAAGAAGAAACCUGGAAAUUCGGGUUACACAGAUUGAAUCACUGCGGGCUUGGCUGCAGGACGGAAAGACACUGCUUGAGGGGAUACUGCAAUAUCGCAGCGUGCAGGUCAGCCACAUUUUCACCGAGAGCUCCCACAGCCAGUCAGCCAAGAUAGAGCAUAUCGCAUACAAGACAGAACAAGAAAUGAUCUCGAUGCACAUUAUAACGUGUGUCACACUUGCUUUUCUGCCUGGCACAUUUGUGGCUGCCUUUUUCCAGAGUGGACUGAUUGAUGUGAAUCAGGCUGCGACUGACGUUCAGGGAGCGGUCAGCUUCCAUCCGGGAGCCUUCAAUCUUUUCGUUGCCAUAUGCUUUCCUCUAAUGUCCCUCACCUUUAUCCUUUGGGUAGUUCUGUUCAAGUUGCUAGCAAGAAGAGCGAGGAAGAGAGUGAUGGAGGAUAAUAUUCAAAUUGUUUGA